UUGGAACCAUCGUCUGGUGAAGAAGAGGAUUCGGCGUCGGGAUCACACUCGAGACGAGGACGGUUCGCAGCAGCCGCGGCAUCGCAUCAAAGACAACAACAACAAGUAGUUCAAGCUAAUAAAGCACCAUCUGAAGCGGCCAGUUUAUCAGGUUCAGCAGAUAUGAGCAGCUCUGAAGAGGUGAGCGAUUUUGGGAGGGUAGGAAAACGUGGAGACUCUAAUUGCAUUUUUUCUAUUAAAAUACUUACGGGAAAAUUGAUCAAAUUUUAUUGUUUUGGCUCAUUUUCAUUUUUAAAAACCCCAAAUUUGAGCUAAAAAGAAUUUCAAAGAGUGAAACUUUGAUUUCAAGCCUGUAAUUCCCUUUUCUAGACCAGAAUUGACCAAAUUCCGAGAUUUUCAACACAAAACUCGUCAAAUUUCCUUCUCUGGCUCUAAAUCAUCGAAAUUUGAUGAGUUCCGGCUCAAAAUUCUCCAAAACUCCACAUUUCAACUUCCUACCUCAAAAUAUAUCAAAUUUCACGAUUUUCAGUCUAGAAUUCAUCAGAUUUCAAGUUUAUAUGUUCAAAAUUCAUCGAAAAUCCCAAAUUUGAGCUUAAAAGAUUUCCUAGAGAGAGAGGCUAAAAACAUGAAUUAUUUAUCGAUUUUGCGCGCCUAAUCCUCUUUCCCGCUGAAAUUUGAUUAUAAAGCGUCAUUUUUCUCGAUUCGAUAGGGAAUUGGACUUUUUUACUUGAUAUAGAACUAUAUUUUUGUCCAGAAAAUUUCCACGAUAUCUCAGAGAAGGUCUGGCUGGAACGGCGCGGUUCGCGAAACCCAAAAUCUGCCAAUCCGCGGCUGACACAAGAACUUUAGCGAAACGUCCGCGAAAUUAUACUCCGCUGUUAGCGAAACGUCCGCGCAAUGCACUCUCGAAAUAUAAAAAUGCUUCACUACCCCUGAUAAUUAUCAGAAGUUAGUAUUGACUUGUAGUUCCAACCCGGCCUCGAUCCCAAUCCUGUCGUUUUGUAGUCAUCCAUCUUCCUUGCUGCGCUAUCCUCGUUGUCGCGUACGCGAUACAAUUUAUCCUUUUUGUACCCUCCCUCUCGAGUCCAUCCGCUGAUCCGCGAAAAACGCAAAAAAAUCAAAUUUCCAAGUCAAAAAAUUUCGCGCAAACCUCACCCAAGAACCUGGAGAAGUAGGGAAAAAAUUGCCCACCUGGGUUUAUUUUCAAAAAUUGCCCACCUAGUAAAAAAAAAUUUGCCCACCUGAGGCUCGCCUUAAAGACCCUAAAAAAAAUUUGCCCACCUGAGGCUCGCCUUAAAGACCCUAAAAAAAUUUGCCCGCCUGAGGCUCGCCUUAAAGACCCUAAAAAAUUUGCCCACCUGAGGCUCGCCUUAAAGACCCUAAAAAAAUUUGCCCAGCUGAGGCUCGCCUUAAAGACCCUAAAAAAUUUUUGCCCAGCUGAGGCUCGCCCUAAAGACCCUAAAAAAUUUUUGCCCACCUGAGGCUCGCCUUAAAGACCCUAAAAAAUUUGCCCACCUGAGGCUCGCCUUAAAGACCCUAAAAAAAUUUGCCCACCUGAGGCUCGCCUUAAAGACCCUAAAAAAAAUUGCCCACCUGAGGCUCGCCUUAAAGACCCUAAAAAAUUUUGCCCACCUGAGGCUCGCCUUAAAGACCCUAAAAAUUUUGCCCACCUGGGGUUCGCCUUAAAGACCCUAAAAUUUUUUUGCCCACCUAGAUUUUUCGAAAAAAAUUGCCCACCUAGGUUUUCCGAAAAAAAAUUGCCCACCUGGAAUUCCAGGUGUUGGGUGAGGUUUGAAUUUCGCGGAAUGCGCGAAAUUAGACUCUCAUUGGCUGAAGUUUCGCUGUCCGCGAAAUUUUUUUCGCGGAAUCCGCGUAAUGAUUUUCACCCAAAAAUCGGUGAAAAAUCGUCCGCGGACCGCGCCGUUCAAGCCAUACUUUCUCUGAGAUUUUAAAGUUUUCUAUUUAUUUACUGCUAACAAGAUCUCUGAGAUUUCAUUCUUAGCUUUUUUCUCAAUACUUUUCUAAACUAUAUUACUUCCUCAGAGAAAUAGGAAAAUUUUUGAACCCUAUUUUCUUAACCCCCAAAUUUUAAACAAAAAAAAUCGCGUUAUCAGUUUUGGUCUCAGCUGGUUUUUCUUUUCCUUCUUUCUCAAUACAUUUCUUCUUCUUUUUUCUUCCCCUUUCUUCUUUUUUAUAUUUAUAAUAUGACAAAAAAUAGAUAAUCAAUAACUGUUUCUUAUGAGUUGUACAAAUUCGACGGUUAGCCAAUUUCCCCUUUCUCCUCUCGUAAAAUUGAAAAUUCUUGCAGGUUUCCUGGAUCACUUGGUUCUGCGGAUUGCGUGGAAAUGAGUUCUUCUGCGAAGUCGACGAGGAAUACAUUCAAGAUCGUUUCAAUUUGACUGGACUCAAUGAGCAAGUUCCAAAAUAUCGACAAGCGCUCGAUAUGAUUUUGGAUUUGGAGCCGGAAGACGAGUUGGAGGACAAUGCGACGAAUACGGAUUUGGUCGAACAAGCCGCCGAAAUGUUGUAUGGUUUGAUUCAUGCUAGAUAUAUUUUGACGAAUCGCGGAAUUGGACAGAUGAUUGAGAAAUGGCGCGAUCAUGAUUUUGGAGUUUGUCCGCGUGUUUAUUGUGAAAAUCAACCAAUGCUUCCAAUUGGUAAGUUUUGAAAUAUGGAAAUUUGGUAGCACAGAUAUAUCAGGUUUUUUUUGUUCUCAAAAAAAUAAGAUUUUUAAUGAAGUGUAGGUUUUCUAGUAGAUUUCGACCCGCUGAUCACGAUUCCGUCGACUAAAAUUACCGAACUCAACUCCUAAAAAGAGUUAUGACGUGGCAAAGUUCGGAAAUUUCAAAAAAUCGGCGGUCAAAACUCGCUUUCAAAUCGGUUUUCUGAACAACGCUAUAACAUCAGAUUUUGACGAAAAACGAGUUUUGACCUCCAAAAGUCGCAAUUUUUCACAAUUUUCCAACUUUGCCACGUCAUAACUCAUGUUAGAAGUUGAGCUUUGUAAUUUUAGACAACGGAAUCGUGAUCAGCGUGUCGAAAAUUACUAGAAAACAUGAAAACAUUUCAUUAAAAAUCUCGAUUUCAACUUGAAACAGUUCGGAUUUGCUACUUCCAAAGCUGAAUUCCACACAUCGUUUUUCGAUUCAAAGCCUAGAUCUAUUUAUAACUCCAAAUCCAUAUUUGCAGGUUUAUCCGAUGUUCCCGGCGAAGCAAUGGUCAAACUCUAUUGUCCACGUUGCAAUGACGUGUUCAUCCCACGCUCUUCCCGCCAUCAACACACCGAUGGAAGCUACUUUGGCACCGGCUUCCCGCACAUGCUCUUCUUUGUUCACCCAGAUCUCCGCCCACGUAAACCAGUCACUCAAUUUGUUCCAAAGUCAGUUGUUUUUCUUUUUCGAAAUUUUUUAUAUCAUCCUAAUUCUUUUUUUAUAGGUUGUAUGGAUUCAAGAUUCACCCAAGAGCUUAUGGAGGUCAAGAAACUCCAUCGACUGGUCAAAGUAAUUCAAGCGCGCCCCAAAAUCAGGCAAAUAAUCAGUUCAAUAAUUAUGGAGUUUAG